AUGUGGCCUCCUCUCUCAGGACCCCAGGACGUUUUCAUUCUACUUGGCACUUUCAGGAGGCUCCCCGCCCCUCCCCAGCCACAGGCAUCCUGGUGCCCUUCUCUGCACUGGCAGCGGUGCGGGAGUCAAGGACCAGAUGGACAGGACACGCUUGGAGUCACAGGGUUAGUCAUCAGUGAAGCUGACCCUACCUCCAACUCGGAGGUUCGAAAGCCAGGACUAACAGCAUUCUCUGACCCUGGACUUCCUGGCGAGCUCCACAAACCACUUACCCCCAGUGGAUGCCUGCUCACUGCCCAGCGGCUUCUUCAUGCUCGUCUUUGGAACUUCAUCCCCUGA